GAUUUUAGAGACAAACUCGCCCGCGGGUGCGCGCCAUGGGCGUGUCGGAUGACGAGCUCAUAAAGCGCGCAGCUGCUCGUUAUUUGUGCACGCGGCUGAUCCGAUUUGAUUCGUGUCUGAUGUGCGCGCCGCGGUUCAACAAGUGCUCUGUGAUUUUAGCCACAGCUCUUUUGACUUUGAAAAAGAAAAACAUAAUUUCUCUGCGACCAUGAGUGCCGGAGGAGGAACCCCGUACAUUGGAAGUAAAAUUAGUUUGAUAUCCAAGGCGCAGAUGCGGUAUGAAGGAAUAUUGUCGUCUGUCGACACCGAUAGAUCCACCGUGGCUUUGGCUAAAGUUAAAUCCUAUGGGACAGAGGACCGGUACACUGAAAGACCAGCGCCGCCCAAAGAUGAAACUUAUGAAUACAUAAUCUUCAGAGGAAGUGACAUCAAAGAUAUCACCGUGUCUGAGCCAUCGAAACCACACCACGGACUGCCUCGUGACCCUGCCAUUGUACAGUCAUCCCUGGGCAACUCCUCUGCUGCAUAUCACCCACGCUGGAGUUCCUACCGGGACAUGUUGCCCACCUACAACCAGCUGGCUGCCACGACGCUCCUCAACCAGCAGUACAAUGCAGCACUGGGCCUCGUACCAGGACUUCAUGGCAUCCCAGCCAGAAGGGUCCCCAUGGUGGAGCAGGCUGUGCAGACGGUGCCCAUGGACGGUGCCGCCCAGAAGGGUGGGAAGACUUUGAGCCCGCCUCGAGGCAAACCGCCCGUUCGUCCAAACCAGCGCCCGGUCCAGAAGGAGAACGUCCCCGCCAGUCGGGCAGCAUCUCAGCCGAGUGUAGCAAAGGUCCAAGGCCCUGAGGACCUGAAGCAGAGGCAGAAACAAGGCAAUCGCAGGUCCAGGAACCGAAGCAGAGGCCAACUCCUCGUGAAGAACUCCAAGGCCACCACCUUGCAGUUUGAGUCCGAUUUUGACUUUGAAACGGCGAACGCUCAGUUUAAAGACGAGCUCACCAAGGAGGUCGUGGUGGAGAAGGUGGAGUCCGGCGAGGCCCAGGACGGCCCGGGUCUGCAGGAGGACUCUAUCGGAGAGAAGUACUACGACAAAGCCAAAUGCUUCUUCGACAACAUCUCCUCCGACCUGACACCCAGGAGAACCACCUGGGCGGAGGAGAAGAAGAUGAACAUGGAAACAUUUGGCGUGCCCGGCCGCUUCCUGCGAGGCCGAGGCUUCAGGGGCCGGGGCCGCCGAGGGCAGAGCGCCGCCGAGCUCCUCCCCAAAAUUGCUAGUGGGAGGUUGUGAAGGCACUUUCUUUUUUUUGUUAAUCCUUUUCUGUAAAUAUUGUAGUUUUUCUACUUAUUUAAAAAAGUACCUCCCCCUUUAUUUUCUUUACCCCAAUAUAAGUUUAAGAUAUUUAUUUUAAUUUUGUUUCCCUCGAUCCCAAAUUCACAUUUUUUUAUUGUAUGAAAUGGGAGAGGAAUUUAUUUUAAAUCAAGCAGCUGUAUGCUGGAAGCAAAUUUAUUAAUUUGCAGUUGGCUUGGUAAAAUGCAAUGUGGAAUGUGUCUUUUGAACCGGCCAGCAGGCACACACAGUAGGUUGUUUAAUUUUGAUUUUUGGGGGCUAAAUACAUUGCAUUCUACUGUCUACUUGGCUGUCCAAAUGUAACCAAUUGCUUUUUGGAGGACAGCUCUACUUAAUUUUGUUCCUAUUUGUAAGAUUAAAAUCUGGAGGACUUUGUAACAGUUGCUAUUAAAUACUAUACUUA